AUGUUACCCCGAUGGAAAACCUUGCUGUUGGUCCUGACGAUUGGCCUCCUGCUCGAACCAUGUCAGUGCAACCUGCCACCGAUUUUCACCCAGGACAUGAACAACCUGGCCCUGCCGGAGACGACGCCGGUCGGGUCGGUCGUGUACCGGCUCGAAGGCUACGACCCGGAAGGCGGUAACGUUUCGUUCGGUCUGAUCGGUUCGGAUAACUUCAUCGCCGAUCCCGUCUCCGGCGACGUGCAGGUGAUCAAGGAGCUCGAUCGUGAGGCACAAGAUACACUCUCUUUUUCCGUCUCCAUCCGGGACCGGGUCAGUCCGACCGGUAUCGAGUCCGAAAAUGACAACAUCGUCAACGUACCGAUCACCAUUAUUGUGCUGGACGAGAACGACAAUCCUCCCGAGUUUCAGAACAUUCCGUACGAAACGGAAGUGCUCGAAAACGCCCGACCCGGUACGACGGUGUUCGACGGCAUCCUCGUCACGGACCGGGACACCGUCGGGGAGGAUCUGGACGUCGUGUGCAUUCCGCAGCCACAAAAUCCGGAUGCAUGCGAAAAGUUCUCGAUCGAGGUGACGAAAAGCGAGCAGGACCGGCUGACCGCGGCGGUGGUGCUGAAGGAACCGCUAGACUACAACGAUCGCAUGAUCUACCAAGUGCUGCUCGAUGCGAGCGACGGCCUGUUUAACGCCAGCGCGGGUCUGGAGAUUCACGUGCGGGACGUACAGAAUGCGGCACCGGUCUUCCAGGGAUCGCUGGCGGCCGUCAUCAACGAGGACAGCCCGAUCGGCACGCUGGUAAUGGUGAUCCACGCACGGGACGGUGACCGUGGCCAACCCCGGAAGAUCGUGUACGAGCUGGUGACGAAUCCAAUGGAUUACUUUCUGCUUGAUAAACACACCGGAGAGCUCCGGACGGCAAAGCCAUUGGACAAGGAAGCCCUACCGGACGACACGGGCCUGAUCAUACUGACCGUGAAGGCGCGCGAGGUAGUGGACGGAGUUCCAGGCAAUGACAACCUCACCGUCGCCACGACCCAAGCGUCGAUCACGAUCCGCGACGUGAACGACUCGCCACCGAUGUUCAACAAAACCGAAUACUUCGUGUCGCUGUCGGAGAACACGGCCCCGGGAACGCCGCUGCCGCUGGAGAUCACCGUGCGCGAUCCGGACGUGGGCGAGAACGCGGAGUUUGCGCUUCGCCUCAACGACGUCUCCAACGUGUUCGACGUCGAGCCGAAGCUGGUGUCCGGUUCGUCCCAGAUCAGCAUCCGGGUGGCGAACGGGUCGCUCGAUUACGAGAAUCCCAACCAGCGCAAGUUCAUCGUGCUGCUGGUGGCGGAAGAAACGAAGACAAACCCCCGGCUAUCGUCCACCGCCACGCUCACCGUAUCGAUUACGGACGCGAACGAUAACCGGCCACUGUUCGAGCAGGACUCGUACUCAACCAGCGUGUCCGAAACGGCGCACGCGGGACAGCUAAUUACGACGAUCACGGCGAAGGAUCUGGAUUCGGGACUUUUCGGUGAUCAGGGCAUCCGCUACUCGCUGUCCGGCACCGGAUCGGAGUUGUUCCACGUGGACGCACUCACCGGCGCCAUUUCGGUGGCUGAUUGUCCUGCCAACCCCGCUGACCAAGCUCAUCUGAGUGCGGUUCGAAGACGUCGCCGGCAGGUACCCGCCCGGGCGAACCUACGCCACGAGUAUGCCGAUGUGAACCACCUGAACGCAUCCACUUCCGGAGGAAGCAGCGUAGAGUACAUGACGUACCGCAUUGUUAAUAACGGAGAGUCGAACGAAUUCCACGACGUGAGUGUGGUCGCGCCACCCACCAUCUCCAAGCUGUACGAGGGUCAGGAAUCGGAGGAACGCUCCACGACGACGACGACGAUGCCAGACCAGUCGACGUCGGACGAGUCCGACCACGGUCUUCCGACGACGGUCCGCAUUGAGCCACUGCAGACAAACGAUAUCCACCAGCAUCCGCUGCGGACCGUAUCGGAGGCCGCCGGGCCUGGCCGAGCGCCCUGCUUGGACUACGAAUCGCAAUCGGUGUACUACCUUUCCUAUCGCGCCACCGACGACGAGGGUCGCGGCCAAACGUCCGUGGUAUCGGUUCGCAUCAGCCUGCUCGAUGCCAACGACUCUCCACCGGUCUGCGAGAGUCCACUCUAUCGGGCGUCAGUUGAUGAAGGUGCCACCUUAUUCGAACCACCACUCAUUAUAAAGGCUCGCGAUCCGGAUGUUGUGUCCGAAAUCAACUACCGCAUCAUCGGAAACGAGGCCGUCACACGCCACUUCGAAAUCGAUAAGCGCACCGGUCAGCUGACGAUAUCGAAAUCGGUCGCCCUGGACGUCAACCAUCUGAAGUCGGAAAAUGUGUUCUUCGGCGUGGAGGCCACCGAUGGACUCUACACGACGCUGUGCAGCGUGAACAUUACCAUCCGGGACGUGAACAACCAUGCGCCCCUGUUUGCUCGGGAACACUAUCUCACCUCGAUUGAGGAAAACCUACCAAUCGGCACUGAAGUGGAACGGCUGCAGGCGAUCGAUUUGGACACGGGAAUCAAUGCAGACAUCAGAUACCGCAUCCAGCAAGGCAGCUUUGACGACUUCGCGAUUGACAACAAAACUGGCGACGUAACGAUCGCCCGCAAGCUGGACUACGAUCGGCGCAACACGUACCAGAUGGAGAUCGUGGCGGCGGAUCUGGGCACACCGAGUCUCUCCGGCACCGCAAUGCUCAUCGUCAGCAUCAUCAACAGCAACGACAAGGCGCCGUACUUCACGCCCACCACCCAGCGGGCGGAGGUGAGCGAGGACGCCCCGAUCGGUACGCUGGUGCACACCCUAGUGGCCGUCGACCCGGACGUCGCGUCGAGCGAGUCGCUGGAUUACGCUGCCACCGAGCCCAUCACGGCGGUGGACAAGAACGGUAAGGAGGUCGGCGAGAUGGAGGACUUCAAGGACAUGUUCCGGAUCGAUCGGUCCGGGAAGGUGUUCGUGAACCGACGGCUCCAGCGGGACAGCUUUGCGGUCAUCCGGAUAAAGGUACUGGUGACGGACACAACGGCACCUUCAAUACAGCAAGGCGAAGGGCUGCUCAUCAUCACGAUUACGGAUGUUAAUGAAGAGCCACCGAUCUUUGCUCCGCCAUGGACCCCGGACAGUCCCACCUAUCACUUCCAGGUGGUUGAGGAACAACCGGUCGGGACGAUCCUGACGACGAUCCAAGCAACAGAUGCCGACUCGACGAUUGCCGAGUACCGGAUGACAGAGAACGGCUUUUUCGAGAUCAACAACGCGACAGGACUCAUCCAGACGAGGACGCGCAUCGACUACGAGGCGGUGCCAGUGGUGCAGUUCAACGUGACCGUGGUCGAUACGGGCGUCCCGCAGCUCACCUCCACCGCCCAGAUCACGGUGGACGUCGUCAACACGAACGAUAACGAUCCGGUGUUCGAGCAGCCCGAGUACUCCAUGCAGGUGCGUGAAAACAGCCCCGUCGGCACGCUGGUCGGGGUGGUGCGGGCGAACGAUGCCGACGCCGGUCAGUACGGCCAGCUGACGUACGCGAUCGUGGGCGACCACAGCGGGAACUUUGCGAUCGAUCCGGAUACUGGCGCCAUCACGGUGCACAAUGCGUCCGCGCUGGAUCGGGAGGUGGAACAGGAGGCAAGCCUGACGGCGAUAGCGACGGAUCGAGCCCCGGAAGCGACGAGACGAUCCACCACCGUCCCUGUGCAGAUCGCGAUCCUCGACGAGAACGACAACGAGCCAACGUUUUCCCAGCAGAUCUAUUACGCGACGGUUGCGGAAAAUGCAGCGUUGCAUCCGCCGGCGGCCAUCUUGCAGGUCACGGCGACAGAUCCGGACGAGGGCGCCGCAGGAGACGUCAAGUACGCCAUACUAUCCGACACCGUCGGGGGCAUCUUCCGGCUCGAUGCAAACUCGGGCAUACUCUAUCCCGGUGCCAGCUUAAUUGGAAAAAGCGGUCAGUACCGCAUCGAAAUUGAGGCGCGAGAUGGACUCGGUUCCGGACCGCACAGCGACACCGCCACCAUAAUGAUCGAAAUCCAGAGUAUCAAUCAGCAUCGGCCCGUGUUCAUCAUGCCGGCGCUCUCCAACGCCACCGUCGAGAUACCGGAGAACCUGGCCACCACCGACUAUCUCGUAAUGACCGUCAAGGCAACCGAUAACGAUUCCGGCGCCAACGGCAAGGUGCUGUACUAUCUACAGGUGAACAACCAGAACGUGCAGGAAACGGAAGAGUUCAGCGUGAACGAGAUGUCCGGCGAGCUGCGUAUUCGCCGGCAGCUCGAGCGGAAGCGCCAGUCGCGCUACGAGCUGAUACUGGUCGCCCGGGACCAGGGGACGCCGGCCUGGUUCGAGACGUUGCGCUUCCUCACGGUGCUGCUGGUGGACGUGAACGAGAACUAUCCGGAGUUUCCGGACGCCUCGAACCCGUACAAGUUCUUCAUCACAGAGAACAGUGCGCGCGACAUACGCAUCGGUAAGAUACAGGCCUUCCUGGAUGGGCCGAGCCCACCCAUCUUCUACUACAUGCUGCUCGGCAACGAGGACGGUGCGUUCUACGUGGACAAAACGAGCGGCGACCUGUACACGAACCGCUCGGUUGACCGCGAGGAGCACGACGAGUACAUGCUGUACAUUCUGGCCAGCAAGCAACCGGAUCUGUACGUGAGCGAGCACGAGCGUGUCCUGCUCGCGACGGAGCAGCUGGAGCGGAACGCGACCGUGGCCAAAGUGUGGGUGCACGUGCUGGACGUGAACGACAAUGCGCCCGUCUUCGGGCGCGACCUCUACCGGGCCGGUAUCAGCGCGAAGGCCUCCAUCAACGAGCUGGUGGCGAUCGUGAACGCCACCGACCGGGACCUGGGGGUGAACGCGACGCUGGACCUCUUUAUCCGCGGCACCUUCCUGUACAAGGACGGUGCGAGCAAAACCACCGGCAGCAUCGUGCCGAGCCCGUUCGCCAUCUCGAAGGAUGGGCGCGUGGUGACGGCGAACUAUAUGGCCGAGUACAACCAGGAUCGGUUCGUGCUGGAGAUCGUGGCGAAGGAGGUGGAAUCGCCCGAACGGGAGGCGACCGCCCGCGUCCACGUGUGGGUGUUCAAUCCGGAGCAGCUGGUGCGCAUGAUUCUUUCGCGACCGCCGGCCGAGGUCCACCAGGACCGGGAGGAGAUUGUGUCCGAGCUGGGAAACGCGACGCAGCGGCUGAUCAUCGUGGACGAGAUACGCUACCACGUGGACAGCCUCGGGCGCAUACGGAUGGAUUGGUGCGAUAUGUACUUCCACGCGGUCGACACGACGACGCAGAUGAUUGUCCCGGUGGAGGAGAUCCUCCGGGAGAUCGAUGCCAAGUAUGACUUCCUUCAGGACUACAAUGCGGGAUUCUCCAUCAUGAAUGUUGUCCCGGCGUACGCCACUACGGCGCAGGACAACUUCGACCUAGCGCUGGCCGCACUGAUCGCCCUGCUUAUCGUACUCUUCGUUGGAGCGGUUAGCUUUAUCGUUCUCUGCUGUUGCCUAAAGCAUUGGACUAUUACGAUACCGAGCGAAACACGGCGUAAAGAUGCACUGAUCAAGAAGCAGAUCAUAGAGGACUUAAACACAACGGAAAAUCCUCUUUGGAUCGAGCAGAAGCUUAAGCUGUACGAAGAGCAGGAGCUGACGAUGCAGGUGUUUUCCGAGCCGGAAAUGUCCCAGCAGCAGUCGAUGAACAACUCCAACAGCUCGCAGGACCCAUCCUCGCAGCUUUCGCUCACGCUUGGGCUCGAGCAUCAGCUGCACCAUCCGGCGUCGGUUCCGCUCGGCCACCGGAGGGACUCGUACGACAUGUCACAGGCCGGUGACAACACGUACGCCACCAUACAGCCGCGAAACUACGGUCCCAGCAAUCUCAGUACGGUGCUGGGCAGUGGCCUAACACCGACACCGGCCGGGGUGACCGGCACGAGUGCGACCAGCUCGAGCGAAGUCGCGGACUACGCCACGUUACGCAACAACCGAGCGCCAUCGCAACUGUUCGAGUUCCGGGGCUCCACGUUCCAGGUGCAGCAGCCCGGUGGAGGUGAACAGCCAGACUACGUCACGGAGCUCAUGUAGGACGAACCAUGUCACCGCACCCGGCAGCGACGACAUCC